CACAGAUUGUAAUCUGUGGUGUCAACAGAAGAUUUGAUGUUUAUGUAUAUUUAUCACAACAUAAAUAAAGUUCUCGCGAAGAAACUAGAUAUCCUAGAUUUGUGAAAAUACGAAUAGAAGAUAUCGGAAUCGUAGGCAUAUAGGAUGCCACCAAAAUUAAAAUUUUCGGAAGGAGAGAGAGUACUUUGUUUUCAUGGCCCUCUGAUAUAUGAAGCAAAAUGUUUGAAAUCUACGAUAACGAAAGACAAGCAAGUGAAAUACUUUAUUCAUUAUGCUGGAUGGAAUAAAAAUUGGGACGAAUGGGUUCCUGAAAGUAGGGUGUUGAAAUAUAACGAAGCUAAUGUGUCCCGUCAGAAAGAAGUACAGAAGGCACAUGCUGCUCAACCUAAUAAAACCAAGAAAACUAAAAAACAAAAGACUGAAUUAUCAAAGGAAGGGGAUUCUAGAGCAAGUACCCCUAAUAAUGAAGUAUCUACAAAAGGUGGUAAGACAAAAUUCAAUAGUGGACCAUCGAAUAGUGGUCAAGAAUCCAGCUCAGAUGCUCCAAAAAAGAAAAGAGGGAGACCAGAUUCUACCGUAGAAUCAGAAGAACAGUUUCUGAGUAAAGUUGAAAUCAAGAUAAAAAUUCCAGAUGAGCUGAAACCUUGGUUGGUUGAUGACUGGGAUGCAAUUACAAGAUUGAAAAAACUGGUGCAACUCCCCGCUAAGUUAACUGUAAAUCAAAUCCUUGAAAAUUAUCUAACAUUCAAAAAAAGUUCGAAAACGAAUAAUGCUAGUAAAGAGUCUGCUUGCCUGGAAAUUGUUAAAGGUAUCAAAGAAUAUUUCAAUGUUAUGUUAGGGACACAACUUUUAUACAAAUUUGAAAGACCACAAUAUGCUGAAAUUUUGCAAAAUCAUCCUAAAACUCCAGUAUCUGAAGUUUAUGGAGCUGAACACUUGUUGAGGUUAUUUGUAAAAUUAGGAGCUAUGUUGGCUUAUACUCCUUUGGAUGAGAAGAGCAUCCAAUUAUUGUUAACGAGUAUUCAAGAUUUUCUUAAAUAUCUUAUUAAAAACAGUGCACAAUUUUUCAGUAUGCAGCACUAUGUAAAUGCAACUCCAGAAUAUCAUAGAAAAGCUCUUUAAUAUUGUUAUUGAUUUAGCUUUCCUUAGUAAAGAUAGUUGUUGAAUUUGAAUUUAUGAAAAUAAGGCAAAUAAUUCAUAAUUAUGUUCCUUAAGUUACAAAUUAUUAUUUUGGAUUAUAAUUGCUUCCAUAGAAUAUUAUAAAUGAAAAUGUUCAGUUUUUGUCAUAUGUAUCAUUAUGUCAAUAAAAUUUUAUUAGAAAAUAUUGACAAUUACAUUGUAUUACUUCGAUUUUUUAUACGAUAUUAAGAGGUAGUUAUUGUGUAAUAUAUUAUCAAAAGUGUUGUAAGUAAGUUGUAGAAUAAAUCAUAAUAAAAUAUGUAUGAUACCUAAACAA